AGCCGCGGCUUAGAGCGCAGGCGGCAGCUGACAGGCGCUUUUCUUCAGACGGCUGCGGCUGGAGCCCAGCGAGGCGGGCGGCCCCCUGCUCUCGUCCCCGUGUCCCGGCCCGCGAAGUUCCAGGGCGCCGGGGCAUGGAAGAGGGGAAGAUGGACGAGAAUGAAUGGGGUUACCACGGCGAAGGCAACAAGAGCCUUGUGGUGGCCCACGCGCAGCGCUGUGUAGUUCUGCGUUUUCUGAAGUUUCCUCCAAAUAAGAAGAAGACCUCAGAAGAGAUACUUCAGCAUCUGCAGAACAUAGUGGACUUUGGCAAAAAUGUCAUGAAAGACUUUUUGGGGGAAAACUAUGUUCAUUGUGGGGAAGUUGUUCAGCUGCCUUUAGAGUUUGUGAAACAACUGUGUUUAAAAAUACAGUGUGAAAGACCAGAGUCUCGUUGUGACAAGGACCUGGACACACUCAGUGGUUAUGCCAUGUGCCUUCCCAAUUUAACCAGACUUCAGACCUACCACUUUGCAGAGCACCGGCCGAUUCUGUGUGUAGAGAUUAAGCCAAAAUGUGGGUUUAUACCUUUCUCGAAUGAUGUUACCCAUGAGCUGAAACACAAGGUGUGCCGAUACUGCAUGCACCAGCACCUCAAGGUAGCAACUGGAAAGUGGAAGAAAAUAAGUAAAUACUGUCCUCUCGACCUCUACUCAGGAAACAAGCAGCGUAUGCACUUUGCCUUGAAGAGUCUGCUGCAGGAGGCUCAGAACAAUCUGAGGAUAUUUAAGAACGGCGAGCUGAUUUAUGGUUGUGGUGAUGCCCGGAGUCCUGUGGCUGACUUGAAGGAACUUGCACACCACCUGAAGCCCUUCUUCUUCCCUUCCAAUGGCUUGGCCAGUGGGCCUCACUGCACGAGGGCUGUGAUCCGGGAGCUGGUGCAUGUUAUCACCAGGGUGCUGCUGAGCAGCUCAGACAAAGGCCGAGCAGGUGCCCUGAGGCUUGGCCUCCAGGGCCCACGUGUCUGUGAAGCCAGCCCUUUCAGCAGGAGCCUACAUCACCAAGGAAAAAACACCCCAGAGCACUCGGGGUUACCGAAGGGCUGUCUUCUGUACAAAACCCUCCAGGUGCAGAUGUUGGAUCAGCUGGACAUCGAAGGCCUCUGCCCUCUGUACAACCGGGUUGAGCGCUACCUGGAGGAGUUUCCUGAAGAGAGGAAAACAUUACAGAUAGAUGGGCCUUAUGAUGAAGUAUUUUACCAGAAGCUGCUUGAUCUGUCUACUGAGGAUGAUGGGACAGUGGCCUUUGCAUUAAGGAAGGUGCAGCAGUACCGAGUAGCCAUGACCGCCAAGGACUGUUCCAUCAUGAUCGCACUCUCCCCUUAUUUACAGGGCACAAGAGGUAAAAAGACAAAAGGCAGCAUAUGUGACUUCAUGAGACAUCAAACUAGAUGGAAAAAGCAGACAAUGAGUAAAGAAACAUAACUACAGGAUUGUGAUGUGUGCCAAGCACUUCCCAGUCUUUGCAACUGCCCUUCUUUGUCAACUUUUCAAGGUGCUAUGGGUCUAGGAUACUGUGCUGGAGGAGCAGUCUCCAUGUCUCAUCUGCGUCAUGAUCAACAGGGUGGGCAUGUUGCUCACUAAGUUUUAUGGCUUAUACACAAUGAGCUUUGACUCUGCUCUGAGGGAUGUUUCUUGUGCUUUUCCAUUCUCUUGGCAUUUCAAUAUAUCAAGCAAAACUACCUGAACAUAUGGAGCCUUUAAUGUUGCUCUACCUGCUGUCGGCUCAUCUGCACAUAACAAAGUGCUCUAUAGUUCUUAUCUUGAGCUACGGUUCAUCUGCUUUGGCUCAACUGGAGUUAGCUGCAUUGCAUUUUAAAUAAUGGACAAGAAGUACAGCUUAGACGUCUUUGUUACAUGAAGAUUUUAGUUGUAGACAUUUGUUUUUAAAUAUUUUUGAACCUCUGUUUGUCUUUAAAAACCUUCCUCUAUUAAUAAUUCAGCUUGGGUCAAUUAAAAGUAAAUAAUGUAUUUAAACAAUAUUUCAUUUGGAAUGUAGGGUUAAAAAAACUUGCAGUGACAUAGUAAUUUCCAGAAGCCGAAGCUGACCAAAGAAAUAGAAUAGGGCUGUACAGCUCUUAGCUCUAUUUGGAAACAGCCAGAUGCUGUAUUUGAGGUCUGGGAAGGAUAAGGCCCUGGAGGCCUGGAGGCUUGCAUAACAACCGCUGCUUAUGCAGCCCUGGCCAGCAGCAGGAAUGGAAACAGGGAGUGUGGGCCAAGACAGUCAAGCUGCAAGUUUUCUUCCCCCACUUAAAGAAAGAACAGCCAAAAGAAAGAUUUCAAUUUUUAAAAAGUUAUACUUCAGUUGCAAAUAGGAAACCUAUGUUUUAAACAUCAAGCAUCUUUAAUACAAAUCUUGUUUACAUAUUUGUAACAGGAAGAAGACAUUCCUUAUUUACAAGGACUGAAUACUAAGUAGACAUGUUUUACUGCUCUUUACCAAACAAGCAAACACACUAAAGAGAAACUAAAGUUGGAGCCUGAGAACAAAACAAAAAGCCUUUAGAACAAGCAGUUACAGUUUGUUAGUUUAGCAGAAUUAGAGCCACUGGGAAACUGUGCAGAGGAUGGUCUCACUCAAUGCCUCUUCAGAAUGUCCAGUCACUACUGAAAAUUCUCUCAGGGGCAUUUGCAAAUAGACUUGGGUCUUUUUUGUCCCACAGAAUGAGAUAAUGAUGUUCUCAUAAAGAGCUUAUAUUAACAUAUAGACAUAUCAUUUACUUAAUUACAGCUCACAGCAAGGAAGGGCUCAAGUGCACCAUGGUCUCCUGAGGAGCCAGCCUGCACAUACUUAGAGAAAGAAUCUGCCCACUUGUUAGGAAUGUGGAGGGGGAAGUAGGAAUGAUACAAUGUGGUUUGUGUUUAUCAGAUAAAUAUAUUAUUUAAAAACAUAUUAAUAUACCACAAUUAAAAGCUAGUAUAGCCACCCAGACAUGGCAUGCCUGUGUAAUCCUAGCAGUUGGGAGGCUGAGACAGGAGGAUGAUUGCAAGACUGGUUUACACUGGUAAAUUCAAAGAGCAGCCAGAGCUGUGUAGAUGUAACUGUCUUGUUAAAUAAGAAACACAGAGCCAAUGCAGAGAUGAAAGCCCAAGAGGUCAGAGCUAAGAGCUAAAAACCUUACACUUCACUGCUGCUGCUGUCCUCUUCAGCCAAGAGAGCUACUUCCUGUCUGUCCUUUUUACAGACUUUCUAUUCUGCCUUCUCAUUGGUUGUAAACCCAACCUCCUCGUUACUGUCUGUCUGUCUGUACAGACCUCCAGGUCUUCUAUGGUUGGUAUUGAGAUUAAAGGCGUGUGUCUCCAUGCUGGCUGUAUCCUUGAACACACAGAGAUCUGCCUAGCUCUGCCUCCCAAAUGCUGGGAUUAAAGGCGUGUACCACCACUGCCCAGCUUCUGCUAUGGUUUGCUAUUAGCUCUGACCCCCAGGCAACUUUAUUUAUUAAUAUACAAAUAAAAUCACAUUUCAGUAUAAAUAAAAUAUCACCAUAGAGCUGUAUAGUGAGACUCUCAGAAAGCACAAAAUAAGACAGAAUACAAACUUGAAAAGCUUCAGAAUGUGUAGUUCUUUUUUCCCCCCUUUUCUUGAGACAGGGUCUCAUUGUGUAGCCAUGGCUGGCCUCUAUCUCAGAGACCCACUGGCUUCUGCCUCCUUUAGUGCAUCAUGCCUGGUUACAUGUGGUUGUUUUCCAUUUGCAUUACAAGACGAUUUCAUAAAAGAAAGCAGCUAAGAUAGGCUUUCAAUCUGAGCUAUCAUAAAUAGCUGGAAAUAAAAAAUAGAUCUAUAUGAUACUUCAUAUGAAACCUUUACAAGUAUAAGUAAUUGUUUAUUAGGAUACCUUAUAAAAAGGCAGACAAUAACAAAGAGGUGAGAAUAUGGAAAAGAUGUUUUAUUUUGUAAAAUCAAUUAGAUAUUUCCUUUGCUCUUUUUAAAGCAUAUUAUGCAUUCUGAAAUGAUACAUUCACACGGUAAGCAAAGUGAAAAUCAUUCCUUUAAAUUUCAUGGAAAGGUAAGCUAUUCAUUUAUUCAUAGCGGCACACAGGUCUGCUUCCAUGGGAGCUUCCCUGUGGGAAUGUGCUAUUUGCAGUGGGGUGAGUCUUUCAGCUUCCUGUAUCAUUAAAUCUAAGCCCCGACCCUGUGACUUAAUUCCACAUGGGGUACCCUUGGGAUUAUCUAAUUUUUGUUCUCACUUGCCCUGUGCCUCUUUCAGAGAGAAUGUUAACAUCAUUUGAGUCCUGCUGGACUGGGAAGAACCAGGGUGUUGGUCUUGGUAACAUUAUUCUCUUAGCUUUUUCCUGAGCCCAUGUCCUGGGGGUUGGGGCAUGGAGAGGAAGAAGGUGCAAGAAAAGGGGCUUUUUUUUUUUUAGACAUACAGCUGCUUGUUCUUUUACUUUUCAUAAAGUUCAUAUAGCAUAAACUAUUUAAAGUGACCGAUUUGCUGACACUUAGGACAUUCGGAGUGCUGUUUGAGCGCCUACUACCUCUACUCCCAAAGCAUGUUUACUACUUCCAAAGAAAAGUCACACUCAUCAGUUAGUCCAUUGCACUCACCCCUCUGAAAACCCCCGGUAGCCUACACCCAUUCAUUUCAGUUUUUUUUUGUAGGGGGUUGGGGGAGGUUGAGGCCUUUGCUGUCCUGGAACUUGAUAUGCAGACAGGCUGGACUUGAACUCAGAGAUCCACUUGGUUCUGUCUCCCCAGUGCUGGGAUUUAAGGUUUGUGCCACACAGCCAGCCCCUUCACUUACGUUUCUACGAAUUUAUCUAUCUUACAUAAUUCAUAGAAACAGAACCAUAAAUACACAACUUUUAGUGUCUGGCUUUUUCAGCAAAGCUUUCUAGACUCUUUAAUAUUUCAUUUCUUUUACGCCUGAAAAAAUAUUCAUUUGUAUGUAAAUAAAUUUCAUUUAGAUGCUUUAAAAAAUAACAUAUAUCCUUGUUGAUAUUUUCAUUUUUUCCUACCUUAUUUCCUGUGAAUGGAUCAUUCUUUCUUGUUUCUUUCUAUGCUUUUUCUCCCUUUUUCUUUUUUGCUGUUGCUAAAUACAGGGCUACAUUUAAUUUUCAUGAGGAAGGUUUAUUUUGGUUCAGUUUCAGGGGUUACAGUGGUGGGAAAGCCACGACAGCUAGACUGGCUGUACCCACAGCGCUGGAGUGUGAGGGGCUUGUUCAGACGCUGUGGACAGAGAGGGCAGCAGAACUAAACUGCUUCUCUGGAAUACUGGAGUGUGAUGACUCUGGCAAUCAUAGUCUUCCUUGCCCUAAAGGUCAACUGAGAGACACAUAUGCAUGUUUAGCAGCUUCCAGCCUGAUGUACUAUGACUGUAGUCUUCUAUGUGGUCACUAUGGAGUCUCUAGAGUACCGUUAUAUUCAUAGCCAAUGACCCAGCAGAGUCCUUUGAUGCCUGGAGCCCAGAAGAAAAGAAAAACAAAACAAAACAAAAUUCUCCUGGCCUUUGGAGCUUGGCAUUGAAGUGGGCACCCUUUUGGUGCUACGAUAGCUCAUAUCUUUGCCUUUACCCCAGAGGGGUAGGCCUGGUCCCUGUCUAGUCUUUUCUUAGCAGGCAUCAGUCCUGGGCAUGCAUGGUACACUGGUUUUCUUUGUGUAUGCAGUGGCCCUUCCAAACAUUAUUUCUCCCCCUUCUUCCUCUUUCCAGUUUUUCUUUCUUUUGAGGGACUGGUUAGCCGCUAUAUGACUUCUCAGCAGUCCCUGCCCCUGCAGGCUUUGGGAGCCAUGAAGUUGUACAUCUCAGAAAGCUGCUACUGCCAGGGGUCUAAGUAUGACAGACCAAGUGCUGCAUGGCUCCCCUGCGGAACCAUCAAAGCAGAUCAGAAUACACAGCACAGUAUGGGAAAGAUGUUUGUGUCUGUCCCCUAACUCCAGCUGCAUCAAGAAUGUGGGCUGCUAGCCUCAGGGCCACUGCCAGCAUGGAGAAGAAUUGACAAUGUUUUCCUCUGAAAUCCAGUGGCUCUCUCUCACCCAGCACUCCUCAGCUGCUGCAAGGAUCUGAUUUGAUCCCAGGGUUCGGCAUGGUUUAUUCUGUCAAAUUUGAAAGUUUGUGGUGGUUUCAGCAGAGAAACUGAUCUUGGGGUGCCCUACUAUGUCAUUUUUUGUGACAUCACAAUGGUCUGUGAGUUUCAUAAGCAAUACAUAUAAGUUUGUCAUGCAAAAGUUCUACUCCUAAAAACCUAACCAUGAGAAAUAAAGCACAUCUGUAUACAAACUUGUGUGUGAAUGUUCAUGGUAGUUAUUCAUUACAGACAAUUUCAAAUAAUCUAAUUUCCCUAAACUGGUGAGUGGCUAAACAGGUGUGGCUUAUUAGUAGCCAGAGUUCCACUGAUCAAUAAAAAGAAACAAAGUACUCAUGCCCAGUACAACAUCGACAAACCCCAAACACAAUUCCAAGUAAAAGAAGCUAGACACAAAGAUCAAUGACAUUACUUCAUGUAGAUUGAAUGUCCAGUAAAGGUCAUCUACAGGUACAGAGGGACAUAGAGGAUUUGUUUUGCUCUUGUUACUGUGAUUAGGGCUUUCUCAAAUUUAUCUCCUACUUUUCUUCUUUAGCUAUAUUUAACCUGCUAUUUGACUAAUCCCUAAUUGUUUUUUGGUUUUGGUUUUUUGAGACAGGGUUUCUCUGUGUAGCCCUGGCUGUCCUGGAACUCAGAGAUCCACCUGCCUCUGCCUCCCGAGUGCUGAGAUCAAAGGCC